CAUUUCUUGACACUAAGACUCUCAAAAAAUUACAAACCCCAUCAAUUCUUCAACUGAAAGGACAGAGAAGAAACUCACAUUGUUGUCUCUACUCUCUACUCCAUAAACGCUUAAGGUAGAGAAGACAGGGAACCCAUACCGUAUUCAAACCAACUGUUCAAAGUGCUUCGGGUACAAAGUUCAUAAAUGUCUGGUUUUUCUUGCAUGAAACUUGAAGAAAACUUCAAAAGUUGCUCUUGCUUCUUCAUGUUUGAAUGAUAGUAGCAACAUUUUGAUAGAGAAAGUAAAAAAAUGGAUGGUGCUGGUGAUAUAUACAGAGUAAGUAGUGCACGUUUAAGCACUUCCACUAAUAUAUGGAGGAAUAGUAUCCCUGAAGUUUUUUCAAGGUCUUCUCGUGAUGAAGAUGAUGAAGAAGCUCUAAAAUGGGCUGCUUUAGAGAAACUCCCUACUUAUUUACGUUUGACAAGAGGUAUUUUAACUGAAGAAGAAGGUAAAGCAAGAGAGAUUGAUAUUAUAAACCUUGGUUUAGUAGAGAAAAGGGAUUUGUUAGAGAGGCUUGUUAAGAUUGCUGAAGAAGAUAAUGAGAGGUUCUUGUUGAAGCUCAAAGAAAGGAUUGACAGAGUUGAACUGGAAAUGCCAACAAUUGAAGUCAGGUUCGAACAUUUGAAUGUUGAAGCAGAAGCUUAUGUAGGAGGUAGAGCGUUGCCUACAAUAUUAAACUUCUCUGCUAACAUGUUAGAGGGGUUCUUGAGUUUUCUUCACUUACUUCCAAGUAGAAAGCAGACAUUUCCCAUUCUGCGUGAUGUCAGUGGAAUCAUCAAGCCUCGUAGAAUGACACUGCUUUUAGGCCCUCCAAGCUCAGGCAAGACCACUUUACUAAUGGCUUUGGCUGGAAAACUUGGUAAAGAUUUGCAGUGUUCAGGAAGUGUUACUUACAACGGACAUGGGAUGGAAGAGUUUGUACCACAGAGGACAUCAGCUUACAUUAGUCAAUUUGAUCUUCAUAUAGGAGAAAUGACCGUGAGAGAAACACUGUCUUUCUCUGCGAGAUGUCAAGGGGUCGGACCGCGUUACGAGAUGUUAACUGAAUUAUCAAGAAGGGAGAAAGAGGCAAAUAUAAAACCAGAUCCUGACCUUGAUAUUUACAUGAAGGCAGCAGCACUAGAAGGGCAAGAGACUAGUGUGACAACAUAUUAUAUUCUCAAGAUUACAGGACUUGAUAUAUGUGCUGAUACCAUGGUGGGCGAUGAAAUGAUACGAGGCAUCUCCGGUGGACAAAAGAAGCGACUCACUACAGGUGAGAUGUUGGUUGGACCAGCAAGAGCACUUUUCAUGGACGAGAUAUCAACUGGUUUGGACAGUUCAACAACAUUCCAAAUAGUGAACUCACUCAGGCAAACAACACACAUCCUCAAUGGAACUACUCUCAUCUCUCUACUUCAACCAGCACCAGAAACCUUUGCUCUUUUCGAUGACGUAAUUCUUCUGUCAGAUGGACUAAUUGUGUACCAUGGUCCACGUGAAAAUGUUCUUGAAUUCUUUGAAUCAUUGGGUUUUAAAUGUCCGGAGAGGAAAGGAGUUGCUGACUUCUUACAAGAAGUGACAUCAAGGAAAGAUCAAGAGCAGUACUGGGCAAGUAGAGAUCAGCCUUACAGCUUUGUUUCAGCCAAUGAGUUUUCUGAAGCAUUCCAAUCAUUUCAUAUUGGUCGAAAACUAGGUGAUGAACUUGCUAUACCAUUUGACAAGUCCAAAAGCCACCCUUCUGCUCUAUCAACCGAGAAAUAUGGUGUCAGCAAGAAGGAACUCUUGAAAGCUUGCAUUUCAAGAGAAUUUUUGCUCAUGAAAAGGAACUCAUUUGUCUACAUUUUCAAAUUCACACAACUUAUUCUUUUAGCUUCCAUAACAAUGACAAUAUUUCUAAGAACGGAGAUGCACCGCAACACAAUAACGGAUGGUGGGAUUUAUAUCGGUGCUCUUUUCUUUGCUAUCAUUAUCAUUAUGUUCAAUGGCUUUUCAGAGCUUGUCAUGACCAUCAUGAAGCUUCCUGUUUUUUACAAGCAAAGAGACCUUCUCUUCUAUCCUUCCUGGGCAUAUGCCAUACCUACAUGGAUUCUCAAGAUCCCAAUCACCUUUGUAGAAGUUGCCAUAUGGACCACCAUGACAUAUUAUGCUGUAGGUUUUGAUCCAAACAUUGGAAGGUUUUUCAAGCAGUACUUGAUAUUCGUAUUGGCUAACCAGAUGUCAUCUGGGCUCUUCCGAUUGAUGGGAGCACUAGGAAGGAACGUAAUUGUGGCCAACAAUGUUGGUUCAUUUGCAUUGCUUGCUGUACUAGUUAUGGGAGGAUUCAUCUUAUCAAGAGAUAAUGUGAAGUCCUGGUGGAUAUGGGGGUACUGGGUAUCGCCAUUAAUGUAUGUGCAGAAUGCCGUGUCUGUCAAUGAAUUUCUUGGGAAUAGUUGGAGACAUAUUCCUCCCAAUUCAACAGAGUCAUUAGGAGUUACUUUAUUGAAGUCUCGUGGAGUUUUUCCAGAAGCACGUUGGUAUUGGAUUGGAGUAGGAGCUUUGAUAGGAUAUACCUUGCUUUUCAACUUCCUUUUCACCUUAGCUCUAAAAUAUCUAAACCCAUUUGGGAAGCCUCAGGCAAUAUUAUCAAAAGAGGCCUUGGCCGAAAGAGAUGCCAACAGAACUGGAAAUUUUAUUGAACUAUCAACAAGAGGAAAGAGCUCUUCAGAAAGGGGGAAAGACAGCAAAAGAAAUUCCUCAGCUAGGGUACCAUCUUUAAGAAUACCUAGCCCUGGUGAUGCCAAUCAAAAUAAGCGAGGAAUGAUUCUCCCUUUUCAACCGCUUUCUAUCACUUUCGAAGAAAUAAGAUAUUCGGUAGACAUGCCGCAGGAAAUGAAGGCUCAAGGUAUCCCCGAGGAUCGUCUGGAACUUUUGAAGGGUGUCAGUGGUGCUUUCAGGCCAGGAGUCCUAACAGCUCUAAUGGGAGUUAGUGGUGCCGGCAAGACCACUUUAAUGGAUGUAUUAUCUGGAAGAAAAACCGGUGGUUAUAUUGAUGGAAGAAUAAGUAUAUCAGGAUAUCCAAAGAACCAACAAACAUUUGCUCGCAUUUCAGGAUACUGUGAACAAACUGACAUUCACUCCCCUCAUGUGACUGUCUAUGAAUCCUUGGUUUAUUCCGCAUGGCUUCGACUUUCCCCAGAUGUUGAUUCGGAAACAAGAAAGAUGUUCAUUGAGGAGGUCAUGGAACUUGUGGAAUUGAACCCUUUAAGAGAAUCACUUGUUGGAUCGCCUGGUGUGGAUGGUCUCUCCACCGAGCAGCGCAAGAGGUUGACGAUUGCAGUUGAGCUUGUAGCUAAUCCAUCCAUAAUUUUCAUGGAUGAGCCAACAUCUGGCCUUGAUGCCAGGGCAGCAGCCAUAGUUAUGAGAGCAGUGAGGAACACAGUGGAUACUGGAAGAACUGUAGUGUGCACAAUACACCAGCCAAGCAUAGACAUAUUUGAUGCUUUUGACGAGCUAUUUUUGCUGAAAAGGGGAGGUGAGGAAAUUUAUGUGGGUCCAGUAGGCCGCCAUGCUUGCCAUCUAAUCAAGUAUUUUGAGGAAAUUGAGGGAGUUCCAAAGAUUAAGGAUGGUUACAAUCCUGCAACUUGGAUGUUGGAGGUUACUUCAGCAACACAAGAAGCAGUUCUCAAGGAUAACUUCACCGAUAUCUUCAAGAACUCAGAACCAUACAGGAGAAACAAAGCCUUGAUCAAAGAGCUAAGUGCUCCGCAACCGGGUUCAAAAGAUCUAUACUUCCCAACUCGAUAUUCACAGUCCUUCUUCGCCCAGUGCAUGGCUUGCCUAUGGAAGCAGCAUUGGUCAUAUUGGCGAAACCCACCAUACAAUGCAGUCAGACUGUUAUUCACAACAUUCAUAGCUGUAAUGUUUGGGACCAUAUUUUGGAAUUUGGGCUCCAAAAGGAAUAGAAAACAAGAUAUAUUUAAUUCGAUGGGUUCUAUGUAUGCCGCUGUUCUUUUCAUAGGAAUACAGAAUGCUACAUCAGUGCAGCCAGUUGUCGCUAUUGAGAGAACAGUCUUUUACAGAGAGAGAGCAGCAGGAAUGUAUUCUGCAUUGCCAUAUGCCUUUGCACAGGUUAUGAUUGAAAUUCCAUACACUUUAGUCCAGGCUCUUAUAUAUGGAGUUAUAGUGUACUCCAUGAUCGGUUUCGAAUGGACACCCAUCAAGUUCUUUUGGUACAUCUUUUUCAUGUACUUCACCUUAUUAUACAUGACUUUCUAUGGCAUGAUGAAUGUAGCCAUCACGCCAAACCACAACAUUGCUUCUUUAGUUUCAUCUGCAUUCUACGCAAUAUGGAACCUUUUCUCAGGAUUCAUCAUUCCUCGAACGAGGGUUCCUAUCUGGUGGAGAUGGUACUGCUGGGCAUGUCCGUUCUCGUGGACCCUCUAUGGCUUGAUUGCUUCACAAUAUGGAGACCUUGAGGAUACAGUAGAGGGUGAUGAAACAGUGAAAGAUUUCGUGAGGAAUUAUUUCGGCUUUCGGCAUGACUUCGUUGGAAUCUGUGCAAUUGUAGUUGUUGGCAUGUCUGUGCUAUUUGCUUUCACCUUUGCGUUCUCCAUUAAAGCAUUUAACUUCCAGAGAAGAUGAGAGGUUUUUUCUUCCCUUUUACAUGGAUAAAUGCAUAAACCAAACAACAAUUUAUCAUAUCUCAAGUUCUGUUUGUUCUAUUGAUCAUAAAUUUUGCUCCCGUUGAAAAUGUGAAUAAAAGUUGACCAGGCCAGCUUACGCUAA